UGUUGUUUCUUUUUGCUACGUGUAGCGCAUAGGAGUUGCGAGUGUAAAAUUAUUCGGUUAAAAAGUUAAUUUGUGAAUCUCUUUUAGAGCUCAAAUAAGUAUGAACUCACCGCCGGUAUUUAUUGACUUGUCUUUGGAUGAACAGGUCCAAGAGCUAAGAAAGUUCUUCAAAAAACUAGGAGCCGAGAUCUCUUCCGAAAAAUCCAAUAAAGGCGUUGAAGAUGAUCUGCACAAAAUCAUUGGUGUUUGCGACGUAUGCUUCAAAGACGGUGAACCCGCACAGAUUGAUGGCAUCCUCAAUAGCAUUGUCUCUAUCAUGAUUACGAUCCCACUUGAUCGCGGUGAAAACAUUGUUUUGGCUUACUGUGAAAAAAUGACGAAGGCCCCAAAUGUACCCUUGGCAAAAGUUUGCUUGGAGUCGUUGUGGCGUUUGUUCAACAACUUGGAUACAUCAUCUCCUUUGCGCUAUCAUGUUUACUAUCAUCUUGUACAAGUGGCUAAACAAAGUGACCAGGUUCUGGAAGUAUUUACCGGCGUUGAUCAGCUAAAAUCGCAGUUCGCUAACUGCCCACCAUCCAGUGAACAAAUGCAAAAAUUAUAUCGCUUGUUACAUGAUGUAACAAAGGAUACAAACCUGGAAUUGUCAGCCAAAGUCAUGAUUGAACUGUUGGGGACUUAUACCGCUGAUAAUGCCUGUGUAGCGCGAGAGGACGCAAUGAAAUGCAUUGUAACAGCACUUGCUGAUCCAAACACUUUUUUGCUGGAUCCCUUGUUAGCACUUAAACCAGUACGAUUCUUGGAAGGCGAUUUAAUACAUGACUUGUUGUCAAUAUUUGUAUCCGAUAAAUUACCUUCAUAUAUCCAGUUCUACGAGGAUCAUAAAGAAUUCGUCACUUCUCAAGGUUUAAAUCAUGAACAAAAUAUGAAAAAAAUGCGUUUACUCACUUUCAUGCAACUUGCUGAAAGUAAUCCAGAAAUGUCAUUUGAAACGCUUACAAAGGAACUACAAAUUGCCGAAGAUGAAGUAGAACCAUUCGUUAUAGAGGUAUUGAAAACAAAAUUGGUGCGUGCUCGUCUAGACCAAGCUAACCGCAAGGUUCACAUCUCGUCAACAAUGCAUCGCACGUUUGGCGCUUCCCAGUGGCAACAGCUGCGCGAUCUUUUGUAUGCAUGGAAGGAAAAUUUGAGUACAGUGCGUGAAGGCUUAGCAAGUGUUUCGGCCGCACAACUCGAUUUGGCACGCAGUCAAAAAUUAGUACACUAACUAAUGCCAUCAUUAUCCAACAGCAACAUACCACAACAUUUUGGUAUUUAUAUUUAAAAAUGAUUUAAAUAAAUUUAAUUCGACGUAAGAAACCCAA